UAUUCCCAUAGUCCCAUGCGCGCGCUAAUUGACGUCAUUAUCUCUUUAUCCAAUUACCGCUUCGAUUAUCUCUGACGUCAACACACAAUUUUAGUCAAUUUGUUCCCGCCAUCAGCGCGCGCGGAACACACUAUGUAGUCUGGGUGUUCGAGUUUUGAACUGUUUGCGUUUAUUUGAAUUCUCAAACAGGUGCCUUCUGCUUCGUAUCGAAUUUCUGCCGUCCCCCGAGUCAAUUCUUCACUCGUGGGGAUGGACAAUCCGGUUCAGGUGACUUUUCGUGGAGUUUCAAUCGCUGGCAGUCAGACUUCGUUCACACCGCAGACUUUCGUCAUCCUUCCGCGCUCUUCGCGUUACCGUCUGUGGGAGUCGUUCGUGACGUUAGUGUGUUACGUAACGUGCCUUCUAGUCCCGUUCCAGGCUUGUUUCGAUUCUGAGCCUGAAAUCUUAUGGGUUCUUGCGUAUCUCUUCGACGUAAUCUUYUUGAUMGAUAUGGUGGUGCAUUUCUUCGUAGCGUAUUAUCACAAGGCGACGUUGAUAACGGACCGUGAGCUUAUUCGACGUCAUUGCCUGCGACAKCGAUUUGCUAUCGAUUUGUUGUCGAUCCUUCCGUUGGACGCUUUUGUUGCUGUCAAAGGUAACAUGAUGUGGUAUCAGAUGCUCAGCUACGUACGGUUGAAUCGAAUGCUAMGAUUUCAUCGCUUAAUGAAAUAUUUUGAUGGCCGUGAAAAUGAACUUGGCACCAAUACCACAAUCCUGCGUGCCGUCAAAUACCUGGCAAUGGGUACAACGGUGUUGCAUCUGUUUUCCUGUGUCUGGUUCUUUCUUGCUUGUGACAAUGUUGGGAUCCCUGAUGCGACUUGCAAAGCAACAAGCUGGGCCAUGGUUCUAGAGACAGGAGUUGACAAGGCAACAUUGUGGAAGAAAUAUGUGUAUACAUUGUACUGGGCAACAGCUACAGCUACCUCAACUGGCUAUGGUGAUGUCCAUGCCGUUACUAACACAGAGAAGUGGUUUUCCAUUGUUGCUAUGUUGAUGGGUGUGGACAUUGGAGUUUCUGAAGACAUCUGUGACAAAGUAAUGGCCUACUAUGAAUACCUGUGGUCAACCAAUCAUGGUGUUAAUGGUCUUGGUAUAUUUGAUGAYCUGCCAUUCACGUUCCAAGCAGAACUCUCAUURAGCAUCAACCGAAAGGUUUUGGAUAAGCUUACGCUGCCCUAUGCUACCUUAGGCUACCCUAUCCUACCAUCCAUAUUCGCCGAGAAGUUAUAUACGGCUGUUGAAACUCGCUGUGACUUGUCGCGGCGACAGCCAUCCGUUCAAAACCAAGCUCUGGAGUUUGGCAAGACAUGGCAGCCCAGCAUAAUUAUAUCUAAAAAUAGCAUCAUGACUUCUAUAAAAAAUGCUCUUAACCACGUAAUAAUGCCCGACUCCACCAAGCUUGCCAUCUGGGAACGUAUUCAUCUGUUGGCUGURGUGAUUGUCUGUUUUCUGUACCCUUACGUAGCAACMUUCUCGGUCUCUCUGCAUAGCGUGGGUUACGGCGAGAAUGYUACCAUGGCAAUUGUGAUGGCAUUUACGUAUGUGCUUGACGUCAUAUUGCUGUGUGAUUUUCUGAUGAGGUUUAAUCUUGSMACUGCUUCCACUUCCGACCUCAAAGAAAUACGCCAUAACUACGUGCGAACUGUUCUGUUCUGGACUGACUUGGUUGCCAUUCUKCCWCUGGAGAUAUUUGCAGUAUUUGGACAAGAUGUUGGUCAUGGACACGAAGGAUGGCAUCUUGUGUCUUUCUUAAGGUUGAACCGRAUGCUGAAGAUAUUCAGGAUGUCAGCUUUCUUCUCUGAACUCGAGGACCGUCUGGAAUACAGUAUUGGUAAAGUGCGAUUUCUAAAGUUUGUGAUCAACAUUCUUCUGGCRACYCAUCUUUGUGCUUGUCUGUGGUUUUUUGAGGCAUGCUAUGGCCAUAGGAGCUGCGAAAAAGGUAGCUGGGCCCAAAAUGUCGUUAACAUCACGGCAGGCGUUGACGAGUACGUCGCGUCGGUUUACUGGGCUGCUGCGUCAAUGUCGUCKACUGGUUACGGAGACAUCCACGCCCACGAUUCCUCAAGUCAGCUKAUAUCCGUACUUGUCAUGUUCGUUGGGCUUCUUUUGUAUGGCUACUGCCUUAGUAGUAUCGCCGCAACUUUGGCUAACGCAGCCGCUCCCAAAGUGGAAUUCCUUGAACAAAUCAACGCCGUAAAGACUUUCAUGGAGGAACAAGACCUUGCUCCUGAUCUGAUCGCUCAAGUCUCGCAGUACCUUACCACUCUAUGGGGAAUUCACAAAGGAGAAGUAAUACCGCGAUCCAAGAAUCUACUGGAAGAUAUGCCCAUAUCACUACAACAAGACGUUUGCUCUGAGGAAUCUAAAGACAUCAUGGAAAAGGUUCCUAUCUUCAUGCAGACUGAGGAUACUUUUCUAAGGGAAUUAUCACUMAAGACAACCUCGUAUAUUUUCAAUCCAGGCGAUUUUAUCGUGUACGCGGGCGAUAUGGGCCGUGAGAUGUACUGUGUCAGAAGAGGUAUGGUUGAUGUUAUCAGYGAUGAUGGCAUAAAACUCGCUACACUGGGACCUGGAGGAUUCUUUGGAGAGGUUGGCCUUAUCUAUGGYGAAAGYCGAUUAGCCUCUGUUCAAGCUAAAACCUACUGUCAGAUUCUGAUGCUGACCAAGGCUGACUUAGACGACGUUUUGAUAUCUUUUCCCGUGGUUGCCAAUCAACUAGGUGAAGCUGGCACCAACAGUGAACAUCUUAAGCAAAUCCAGAAAGCCGCCAUUGACACCUCGCGGUCUGCUGUUCGUCGUCUUUCMUGCGCUGUGAAAAACAAGACAUCUUCACGUGAUUCGUACGGCCUGAUGCGAAGGAUGCAGAAUAGGAGUUCCUCUCAGAUUGAUCCAUGUGGCAGCGAGAUUAACAUCCUACACCACAUCGACAAGACGGAGGAGUACAAGUAUCCUUUCCGCGAGCUUCCACCAUUUGCUAGGAUACUGUCAUUCUUCCUGAUGACGAAGGGGAUUUCACCAAAACAGUCUUGGAUCAAUACCUGGCAAGGCUUCACCGUAAGCGUAACGGCCAUCUACGUGAUAACGUUAAUGCURCAAGCAGCUCUCAUGCACGUCAGCGUUGCAUUGUGGGUCUUGAAUUAUGCGUGUGAUAUYGUCUUCCUCGUCGAUGUUUACAUCAAGUUCCAUGUUGGAUACUACAACGAGAGGAACAUUCUUGUUACGCAUCCACUGAUGACAGCGAAUCAUUACGUCAGGACCAACUUCCUUCUUGAUCUUUUCUGUUGCUUUCCUACGGAUAUCAUCGUCCUUGCGAUGUGGCCUGAGCAACACGGUGUCUUACGUAUACUUGCGUUCGCCAGGCUUAACCGAUGUUUUCAUUUCUACAAACUGGUUCAGUUCUUCGGCUACAUGGAAGAGCAGCUAGGAGGGACUGCUAAUGUGUUCAGGCAGCUGAAGUUCGCUGUUUACAUGUGUAUAUUCACACACUAUGUUGCCUGUGGCUGGUUCAUUUUAUCCUGUAAAGGCCUUAGCACUGGUUACCACAGCUGUACAUCGACAUCAUGGGUGUCUUACGUAUACUUGCGUUCGCCAGGCUUAACCGAUGUUUUCAUUUCUACAAACUGGCAGCUKAAGUUCGCUGUUUACAUGUGUAUAUUCACACACUAUGUUGCCUGUGGCUGGUUCAUUUUAUCCUGUAAAGGCCUUAGCACUGGUUACCACAGCUGUACAUCGACAUCAUGGGUGUCAACMCUCGACCAACCCUUAGGRUAUAAUGACACUGUGAUUGAGCGUUAUGUGACCUCGCUCUACUGGGCAGCGGCUACAUCUGUGUCUGUUGGUUAUGGUGAUCUGCAUGCGAUUCUUGUCGAAGAGAUGACCUAUGCUCUUAUCUGCAUGAUCAUCGGUAUCGUGUUCUAUGGUUUUAUUAUCGCUAGUGUUGCCGCCGGUCUGGCUAAUGCUGACGCACAGCGAGCUCGUUACCAAGAGCGCCUUAGUGCUAUCAAGAACUUUCUACAGGACCAAAGUGUGAACGAGAAUCUAUCAAACCGUAUUAUCAGCCACUACGAGUACAUAUGGAUUCGUAAUCGYGGAAUCGAUCCAAGCUCGUUAUUUCAAGGAAUACCGUUCGCGUUGCAAGCUGAUAUUACGCUCAGUCUAUACAAAGAUGUCAUCGAGAAGGUACCAUUAUUCCAGGGAACAGAGAUCGGUUUCUUAAAAAUGUUGUCAAUUCAUAUUAAACCUGUGUACUUCCUGGCCAAGGAGUACGUUGUCAGGAAAGGAGACAUUGGACAAGAGAUGUACUUCAUACAUGAAGGUCAGGUCGAGGUUGUGUCUGAGCAUGAAACACCUAUCGUUUUUGAUACCAUGGGGUCGGGCAGAUUCUUUGGCGAGAUUAGUAUUGUUUUCAGUUGUCCAAGGACCGCUUCUAUCAGGUUUGAUAAGNNNNGCGAUGUAUUUGUGCUCACUAAGGCCGAUUUGGAUGAGGUAUUAACUCAUUACCCACUGAUAAAGACSAAAAUAAGAGAAACAGCUGAAGAACGACAAAGAAUGGUGGCCCAGAGAGCCGCAGCUUUUGCAGCCAAGAAGAAAGAAGAAGAAGAACWGAAAAAGAAGGAAGAGGAAGAUCGAAAGAAACGCGAAGAGGAAAACCAGUUUCCUAUUGACAUCUUCGCCUUGGCUGCACCUUCUGGCUCAAAACUGGAAAUUCUUUCCUACCUUCGACUUCUCCAUCUAUUGAGACUUGUWAGAAUGGAACAGUUUUUCUCUGAAUACAGCAAGAAAUUGGACAUCGAUGUAUUCAAAGUGCGCAUGAGCAAGUUUCUGUUUGAUGUCAUCUUGGUUGUCCACGUAUUUGCCUGUGGUUGGUUUUUCAUCGAUUGUCCUGGUGCUGUUUGCUCCCAAACCCAUUCAUGGAUAUACAGCCAAGGGUAUCAAAAUAUUGACCCAAUUACGCGCUACUGUACGGCAUUGUACUGGGUGGUUGCCACGGUUACGUCUACUGGGUAUGGUGACGUACAUGCUGUCAAUCAACUGGAGAUGGUGUAUGCMAGUGCUGUAAUGGUAUUUGGUAAGCUCAUGUUUGGUUUCAUCCUUGGUAACGUCGCUUCUACAUUAGCCAACGCUGAAAUAGCUCGCGUAAAGUACGAAGAUAAACUCGGGGCCAUMGAGGCUCACAUGAGUGAUCAAGAAAUACCACUGUCUUUGCAAAAACGCGUCAAGAACUUUUAUGAGUUCAUCUGGAAUACAAACAAGGGCGUUGAGUACGAGAGCUUAUUCCAUGACAUGCCCCACUGUAUGAAUGGUGAACUAUGUAACGCACUCACUGGCAGUAUCAUAAGUAACAUUCCACUAUUCUCAGAUGCCGAUCUUCCCUUUAUUCGUCUACUGGCCACGAAAGCAAGACCAUGUCAGUUCCAUGCGAAGGAGUACAUCUUUCGUAAAGGUGAUAUUGGACAAGAAAUGUAYCUCAUUAAAAAAGGAUUGGUCGAAAUUGUUACCGAAGAGCAACCACCAGAGGUCAUGGAAACACUCGARGAAGGAGGCUUCUUUGGGGAGAAAAGCUUGGUGAUCAGCACCCCCCGGAACUUCUCUGUCCGCGCAGCAACCCAUGCGGACGUCUUCAUGCUGAAGAAGGACGAUCUAGACGAAGCACUUGAGUACUUCGCUGAUGUUAAAGCCAAAGUCAGUGAGAAAGUCAACAUGCUUUAUGGCGUCCAUCUUCAGUGAGCCAGCAAAGAGCUCUUUGUCCUCUUAUUUUAGCUUGAAGUUUAUGAAAACUGUCGAGAAAACAAAAACUUUAUAAAGCGGUCUYUCAACUCUCAUCUUGUGCUACUUAUUUUGCUCUUGUCGCUGUGSAUACUGAAUUACAACAUGGGUUGAUGGGCACUGGCGAACAUCUGGAAGUAACCAUUUCUUUCAUCACUUCUGAAUGUUAAUAACCAACGACUGCGUCCAAAACKUACAGCGAUUGUCAGCAAAGUGAUUUGACGAGAGACGCUUUGAACAUUCGUUCAAACUACAAGGGUAUUUUUGGAACUUCAUAACACGAUUUAGAAAUCUAAUCGAAAAUAUCAAUGUUUUUAUGAAAGUGAAGUGUAAAAUCAGGCAUAUUUUUUGAUCAAAAAUGGCUAUUAAUCUGAUUAGUAUUUUUCUAGGCCAUUUACAAACAGGAAUGUAAAAUCUGUGCAAUGUUACCACAUUAAAGACAAAGAGAUCAUA